AUGAUCGUCCUCGAGGAUAUCGACCGGGCCUGGGGCUCCGUAGAGCAAUCCAAAACCGACACUUCAUCAGUAACGGGGUCACAAGCACGUACCGGUAUCUCUCUCUCUGCCCUCUUGAAUGUGCUCGAUGGGCACGGUGCAAAGGAGAAGCGUGUUCUCUUUAUGACUACUAACCAUCGGGAAAAUUUGGAUUCUGCUCUGACGCGACCCGGUCGAAUUGACCAAACAUUCUACCUUGGCUACGCAACAGCAACGAUGAUCGAAGAAUUAUUCUCCUUAUUCUACGAGCCACUUGGGGUUGACAAGGACGAAAUUUCAAGGUUGGCAGGCAGGUUCGCCAGUGAGGUGCCCAGCGAGAUCUUCACAGCGGCCACAAUCCAAAUUUUUUUGUUGAAGUAUAAAAAUGCCCCGGAGAUGGCCGUUUCUAGUGCAGCCGAUUGGGUGAAGAAGAACCACACAGACAUUGUAUGA